GGGGACGGGGAUUGUACCCCGCACCUCAGAACUGUGAGGCUGACGCUCUAACCAGUCGGCCACCGUGCCGCCACUUGAGCUUGUAUGAUUCAUAUUUUGUUGCGUGUGGGGUGUCUCUCAUCGGAAGUUAAUAGCUUUAUGACAUCAGCGCCUCCUCUCCGUGUCUUUGUUGGCGUUUCUCCUGACCCCGCCUCCUCGCUUCUGCCACCAUAAAGGCGUGGGACGUGAGUGUUCACAGCGGAAUUCCACGCUCACCCGUGUGGACAGCAGGUGCACUCAUUCUGGAUGAUGCCCGUAGAGUGCCGGUCGUCGCUUUGCACGUUGAAGCACUUUGUGCACAUUUUUGAAUCGCGUUUUACAUCCUGAAGAUGCCUUUCCCACCCAUCAAUCUCCAGCAGAAGAUCCCCUCUCCUGCAAGGGAUCUAUUUAGCAAGAAGAAAGCCAGUGGCGACAAGCGGGAAUCCGGGAAGGAGAAGCAGACCUCAUCUUGGACGGCAGCGAAUUUAAGGAAUUUGGGGCGCAGGACACAGCAAGAGAAGAGUAAAACCCCGUCGGCGGAGAAGCAGGAGGUGCAGGGAAAAUGCUCGUGGCUGACCUCGACCAAACCUCAGGACUCAACCGCGGCAGUGAGGCGCUCCUGUUCCGCCGACUCCGGUAGGCAGCCUGCGGGCAAAGGGGACGCAACCAAGAAGGAGAUCCAGUUCACGCUCAGCCUCACCCCAGAGGCCAUCCUUGUCAUUCAGAAGAGAAAUCUGGAGAAGCAGAUGCUGGCGAAGCAGCAGAAAUGCUGCGCUUCUGGGGACUUCCGGAACAGGCGCGUGUUCCCGUCCAAAAAAACGGCGCACGGGAGCUCCAAGGGCGCGCAGGGGACCAAAGUGGAGGAGGCGGAGCAGGACAUCACGGCCAUCGUUAAAAUCUCACUUUUGAACGAGCAGCACAAAUAUGACGAUGUGGAAUACGAGGAGGAGGACGGAGACGUGGACGAGACUGUGAUGAGGAAGUGUAAAGAGUGGCUCAAGGGGGUGGAAAGUGCUGCAGCUUUGGGAAAAGUCGACAAACUUUCGGCACUACCGCACCUUAAGGGCUGCUGCUAAUGGUUGGACUCAAGCCAUGUAGUCAAAUGACUCUUAUUAAUUAGUGUGAAAGCCGAAGUCUUCAGGUUGUGUUUAUGUCCAUGUGCAAGGAAAUGGUACCUGUGGAAGAUGGAAUACUUCCCAGAAUGACUCGAAAGAGUUGCAUUUCAAGCUUAUCAUGCCUUUUUGAGGAACUGAUGGACGUUUGAAUUAAGUGACUUUGCACGUGCAGUUUUUUUGGGGUUUUUUUUUCCAGUCAAGCGCCUCCUGUGGAUUAAUGCAAGCAUUUGCGCAAACGAAGCUCUUUGUGUGAGAGAACAAUACACGUCAACUAUGAGGUUUUAUGCUCUGCUAAAACCAAACUCAACUGUCUUCUUUUAUUUCCCAUCAAAUAAGAGGCUUCUAUUUUCUGAUGUACAGUGUUGAAUCCUAUUUGUACCUGAACAUUGAUAAAGCUGUGCCAUUUCAAGUGAAGGCUUUGCACUAUCCACACAGCUUCUAAAUCUGAACUUGAUUGUGCCUCUUUAUGUUCGAUGAUGUUGAUUUACAGUCACUUUGACUUUUGUCGGAUAUCAGAGGCUCUUUGUUGCCAUCGUAGCUACCUGAGGCCAUUUGGGCAUUAGCGUACAAAGCCUCUUAGAUUUCCUGCUAAGCAGGGUUGACCAGUGUACUGUAGGGGCCAGGUACUGGAGCUCCAUCGGAAAAUUGCCUCGACUUUUUGUAUUACACAAGUAAACAAUGCACCUCACCACGAAGCAGUGUCUUGAGAUUUCUCUUUUUCUCUAUACUGACGUGUAUUUCCAGAAAGGUAAUGCAAAGGUAUUUAUUAUUCAAGCCCAACUAGGUCGGCUUACCAUGAAUAUAAUGGUAGUUCUUUUAUUAUGGUAUAGCUGUGGAUAAUUUUUCUUUACAUUAAAAUACAUAUUUGUGCCGUUUUUAAUCAUGGA